UCUGUACCUGUCCGUGACGAUGGGUGAAUGCGAGCUGCUGGAGUUCAAGGUGCCCCACGAGCGCGAUCGCAUCAUAGUCGCACGACAUGACAAUGGCUUCACAGACAUAACCGACAGCCAACUCAAGGACUUCUUUGAACGGUUUGGACUGGUCUUUGAGGCCCAGAUAGCCGGGGGAGGCGGCUAUCACCGGCAGGACCAGUACGCGUACAUCAAAUACUACUCAAAGGAAUCUGCACGCAAUGCCAUCGCCUACUGUAACUCGGGCGCCAUGCUCUUCAGAGGCAGGCCCAUUUCGUGCACUCUACUGAGGAAAGAUCGUGUUGAGAAUGGAUACAUGACAGUACACGCCUGCACCGAACUGGCGAACAAGACUUUGGGAUUCAACAACUGGUGCACCAUUAUUAACUACGUGAAACGGGUAGAUCCAUGCGAAACUUCGGACAGUACGACAGAUGUAUCGGACAAUACGACAACCAUGUCCGAGGAGACAGUUGAGGCCUGCGUGGACAUUCGUAUCACCACAUGGCGAGUGCAGCUUAGCAGAGGCAUAGCACGAUCACAUAGCUCAGAUGUGGAGAACCAGAAUGUGCCAGAUGGCGUGCCGCGCGCGAAGAGGAUGCACACAAGCGCCAUCCGCGAGGCGAAACUGGCUGCUUUCCGCAACAUACUGAUUGCUCUGUUUUCUUCUGGCAAGUUGGAGGUCAUACUCAAGAACGAAGUGACCAAGGCCCACACACCCGACGAGAGCUUCAAGCACAAACCAGUCAGCAUCACUCCCACACACACAUCGGCAGAAGCUCUCACCUCUACUCUAGACGAUGACUAUCCUGCGGACUUCUGGGAUGACGUGGACAGGAUUGAGCAGCACGACACCUCCAUUAGUCAUCUUCUGUCAGGGGAUGAGUGGGACGAAUGCGAUCCCACUAUAGACGACUGGGACCCCGGGGUGGCACCCACAGACACAGGAAGUGCGGUACACGAUACUACGUCGUCGGUAAGGGACAGGGUUGCCAUAGAUACGCCAGUGGAUGCGAGCGCGUUAGCGUACAUGGACGACGACCCCUUCUGGGAUGAUCUAGGCUGCGAUGACUACGCAUGUGCUCAAAAAACCGGGUUUAUGAGCGAUGCGGGUGCAGAUAUACCUACAGACGAUGCAGCUAUGAGUGGGGCCGAUGCCCUGGCGGAAGAGGGCAGCAAUGUGCUUCUAGACGACGAGGAUGGGUUUGCAGAAGCGCUUGAGUAUGAGCUAUUGGAAGGUGUUGAUUUCGACGACUACUGAUGUGUAUGGCUUCAGACUUUGGCAACAGAAAUAAAUGGUCCGU